AUGACAUCACAAGCAGUACUAUUGACUAUUGGAUUUAUGUUGGUUUUAGGAGCAGCUACAUUCAUGAAUUAUGAAAGCAAUGUUAGCACAAUAGAUCAUGGAUUUACAGCUGAUUUUGCAUCUUUUAUCAAAUCUUUUGAUACAAAAUAUGAUUUCAUUAGAUCAGAUAUCACAUGGUCAACAUAUGGGUAUUUUAAUAAUCUCUAACUAUUUUAAGUGGUGCUGAAACUAGACCUACUACUGCUCCUUCUAAAUAUCCAAUUGUUUUUAUUCAUGGAAAUUCAGAUAUUGGUGCAGGAAAUGGUGGAACUGUUGGAUGGUAGACAGGAUUCACUACACUUAUUGAAUAUUUAUAAAAUUAUGGUGGAUAUACUAAAGCUGAUUUGUAUGUAACAACUUGGGGUAAGUUUUAUAAUAAUAAUUUUUUAGGCCCUGCAAAUCCUAAUUUAGCCUCCUAAAAUGGUCAUAGUGAGAAAUAUGUAAUGACAACUAGAAGAUUUAUUGAAGGAGUUCUUGCAUAUACAAAAGCUAGUAAGGUUAUUGUGAUUGGUCAUUCAAUGGGAGUCACUUUAGCUAGAGCUGCUAUUAUUGGUGGAACAUAUUCAGAAUCUAUGCUUAGUAAAUUUACUGUUGGAGAUCCUAUUACUAAUUCUAUUGCAGCAUUCUUUGGAUUAGCUGGAGCCAACUAUGGAUUAGUAGAUUGUACUUAUGCAACAGGAUUACCAACUUGUAGUACAUACAAUGGAUUCUCACCAUCAUCUCAAAUGUUGACUGCUUUGAAUUCUAAAACUCAUAGAGAAGGUGCAAAAGUUUAUUCCUUCUGGUCUCCAAAUGAUGAUAUCAUUAAAUACAACUGUAUUGUUAAUCAAAAAAAUACUUGCAUUGUCCCUGGAAGUGAUGAAUCAGUAAAAUUGUUAUAUUAAAUAUUAGUAUCAAUAAAGUGGAUAUACUCAUUUUGAUGUUAGAGAUAAAUUUGGAGCAGACAUACUACGUCUUCUUUAGAAAUUAUGA